GAAAUGUUGCGCAUGCGCGUGUAAAGUCUACGUCAGCCUUCGAGCAUCUCAAUAGGGCUACGUGGCUUCGAGGCUCUUCUCCAAAAACAGGAUCGCGGACUAGAUUCUCUUCAACGUGCCACACAAGCAAAUACUUGGUAGCAUGGACCAGGUAAUGCAGUUUGUUGAGCCCAGUCGGCAGUUCGUCAAAGACUCCAUAAGGCUGGUAAAGAGAUGCACAAAACCCGACAGAAAAGAAUUCCAGAAAAUUGCAAUGGCCACAGCGAUUGGGUUCGCCAUCAUGGGUUUUAUUGGAUUCUUUGUUAAACUGAUCCACAUCCCCAUCAACAACAUCAUUGUCGGCGGUUAAACUCCCUUAACAUUCAGGACCAGAAGAUGGCCGUACAAGGUUGUAAUUGGUGGGAUUGAAGAGAUGACAUUUUUUACAUUCUGUUGGCAUUUCUCUUUCACUGUGUAAAUAAAACAUGCAAUGGGAA